AUGCUGUUCUCGAACGGUUUCGGUUUGGAAACGUCGGACGAUGAAAACAAUACAGAUAGAAUCACUAACUCACCUGAUGAGAAGGCGGGUGCGUCAUCAGCGUUCGUGUGGAGCGGAGGGGGGGUGACAGGGGGAGGGGGGCAGGAGCAAGCGGUCGCGCAGCCCGCCGCCGUGCCUACCGGUACCUCAGGCGGCGGCGGGGCGCAAGGCCUAGUUCACUGGAUGUCGGUAAUGGCGGAACACAUGGGAGGGGGGCACCACGACCCCUCCCACUACGCGCUGCCACCUUGGAACAAUGGUGGUGUCGAUCAUUGCCAACAAAAAGAUGGUCUGGAUUACGCCGCGUGGUCGCGACCACGAGGCGCGAUGACAAUCAAACAAGGUUACGAGGCCAAGAUGAGCACAGGAGACGGCACGGUCGGUGGUCACCAGAAGGCAGACGACAGGCUCGGCCAUCACCAAUCUAUGAGCCAGAUGCUGUACGGCGCGGGUCUCGGACCAGGUCGGUCCGGGUCAUCGUCCUCGUCGCCAGUAGGGGGCACGAACACCGGAAGUGGUCUGCUAGUCGUCCCUCAGCCCCUGGGGAAGGGGCCCACCAAACUCCAGCCCCUGCACACACAUGCGAGGAAGUAUCAUUGCAAGAUGUGUCCACAGGUCUUUGGCUCAAAAGCGGAUCUCCAGCUACACACGCAGAUACACCUCCGCGAAGCGAAGCCCUAUCGCUGCACCCAGUGUCCAAAAGCCUUCGCCAACUCCUCAUACUUGGCGCAGCAUUCUCGCAUACACUUGGGUAUCAAGCCUUACCGCUGCGAGAUUUGUCAGCGCAAAUUCACUCAACUCUCUCAUCUCCAACAACACAUUCGCACUCACACUGGUGACAAACCCUACCGAUGCACUCAAAUCGGAUGCACCAAAGCCUUCUCUCAACUCUCUAACCUCCAAAGUCACAGUCGCUGUCAUCAAACCGACAAGCCGUUCAAAUGCAAUUCUUGCUACAAGUGUUUCACACACGAGAAGGAUCUGCUCGAACACAUUCCGAAACAUAAAGAGUCGAAACAUCUGAAGACGCACAUCUGCCAGUACUGCGGUAAAAGUUACACCCAGGAAACGUACUUAAGUAAGCAUAUGAACAAGCAUGCCGAGAGGGCUGACAAGCGGCCGCCGAUAUCUGCCUUGGGACUGAGCGGGCUCAAUAGGUCCCUAGCGGCGGCAGCCCCGACGGCCGCGCCUUUUGCUGAUCACCCCUACUGGCCGAAAGUAAGCCCAGAUUCAGCGGCUCACAUGUCCGAUGAGGGUGGAUAUCAUCAGCAGCGAGAAAGCGACGAUCAUCACGAACAACAGCUUCAGCAGCAGCGGGCAUUAUUUGCCCAGCACGAAAGUCAAGAAGACCGCAUACAGCCCCCAGUUUCGUCCGCCGCGAACUCCGCCUUCACUCCUAUAAACUCAAUGGCUCCCCAUCUUAACGGACUGUCGCAUCAUAGUGCGCUUCCAACGAGACCAUAUUUGUACGACCCACUUCAUUUCCAACAAGGAAAACAGCAGCCAAACUCGUUUCCUAACCAAUUGAUAUCACUUCACCAAAUUCGGAAUUACGCUCACCAGCCCUCGGCACUCUUGCCCGCAGAACACAUUCUGCCCCACUCCUUAGCUCACAAAGACAAACAGUAACCCCCUUGCCCUUUCUGUAGGUGCACUUACCUUAGAACUUAUGAUGGUAUUAUUAGUCUAUAAAAAAAUAAACAAAAAUUAUUAAAAUGUUUAGAAUCUCGCUCUCCAAGACAGUGGUAUUAUGUAUGAAAUACGAAAUUUGUUUGUCACUAGUGAUGCGAAGUUCAUGUUUUUAGACUUAUAUCGAUAUUGUGUAAAAAUAUUUUGAAUCUGCGAGUAGAUAUGUAACAAAUACUGUAUGAAAUGUGAUUUAAAAUUUUAUGUAAAUCACGAUCGAAUUUAUUAUUGACUAGUUUUCAUUAAAGCGCAGCCAGGUUCUUAUUUAAUUAUUGAUAACAAAUCUUUAAGAGAUUUCUUAUUGUGGAAGCUAUCACAGCAAACCUUAUAUAAACUGUUGCCUUUAAGAAAACUAAUCCUUAAAUUCAAAUUUCAAAGCAAUAAUGUCAGAAAAUCUCUUUAAAAAUUUAUAGGAAAAUAAUAAUACAAUUGCAUAAUAAAAAGGCUUUACAAACGUAAUAAUACUCUACACUUCGAUGUUUUAAUUAUUCUGUGAGUCUUAUCACAUUUUAACGUGUAAAUUAUAAAUUCUAAAGUACUGAAUGUAACAAACAUUAUUUUGAAUAAAAUAGCUAUAAUUUUUAAAAAAAACUUUUACGAGAAGUACUCAAGAAUGUACCAACAAUAAUAAAUAAUUUUCGUCGUUUUAAAACCGUAAUAAGCAAUAUAUUUAAAUAUAAUGUGUUGAUUGUUAUUUAAUGAAAAACAGAGUUCCUGAACGAUAAAUUAAUAAUGAAGUUACAAUAUCGAUAAAAUACAAAUUCGAAUUUUAAAAUGUUAAUUUUUUUUCCAUUUGCAUUUUUAUCGUAUACGUCGACAUGUACUAAACAUGACAGAUCUCUUAAAUCAUCACAUUUGCACUCAGUUCCUACUUAGAUCGAAUAAAAACUUAAUUAGCUUUAUAUAUUUUUUCAUUUAUCAUUACACAACGAUCAUUUGUUUAUUCUAAUUACUGAUUUAGAAAAUGUGGUCUUCCUUCUGAUUUGUACAUUUUUACUAGGACGGGAUUGAUAAAAAUGAAAUAUAUUGUACCUUUUUUGAUAAGAAUUAAUGGAUUUAGACCUGGUAACUGAAGUAUAAGGUUGUGAUAGUAUUUCUUAUUUCUUUUAAAUUGUGUAUUUCUUUAUCAGUAAUAUAAUAUAUUGUUAUUUUGAAAUCGUUCAAGAAACUUUAUUAAGAAUGACAUACGAAGGUGAAAAAUAAUAAUGAUUGCGAUAUAUUUGAGUAGGAUACAUUUUUUAUUUAUAUCCUAUUAUUGAUUGUAAUAUGUUAAUCUUCAAUCUCGAAGGCUGAAUACAUUUUCUAUUUGCAUUUGUACGUUACGUUUAUAUGUAAUAUAUCGACAGGUGGCCAAAAUUGCUUUCUCUCAUCUAUCGAUAUCGAUAAAAACGCACUUUUGUAAAUAUUUUGUAAAUAAUUGAAACACAUUUUUUGAGAAAACUUGAAAUUUAUUGAAAAUAUUUUUUUUCCCUUUAAGUCUAUGCUUAUGCUCAAUUAUAUUAGACGUAAGAUGUCAUUUGGUAUGUGGAUACAACGCAACAAAAAAAUGUUACUUCAGAGUAAAUCAAAUUUAUUCACAUAAAGUGAAUUCAAUUAAUUGUAAAUUUAUUUUGGUGAUAACCAUCAAUUUUUAAGUUUUUGAUCGUACUUAACAGUUGACAUUUUUCCGUUGACAUAUUUUUUUAUCGAUGAUGAAAAUUAGACAGUUGCACAUCACUAAUCGCAAAUCAUCAUUGAUAUCUUUUUGCAAUAUGAUUGCACAAUACAUAUUGUAACAAUGUUUAAAUAUAAAUAAAAUAAAGUAAAGCAAUUGUCUAAUUCGUUCACUCGAUUAAUUAGACUAAUUUUGAUGUAUACGAAAUAUUGUUGAUUUGUUUAAUUUCAAAGUGGAUAGUCUUUAAAAAAAUGUGAUAGGUGUCGAAGCGGAGGGAGGUGUAUUUUUCGAAGAUCUUUCGUCUAAAUUCAUUUGCUAUUGAUCUUAGGUUAUGAAUCGUUAGGUUGUGGUUAUUUGUGAUGUGACCGUUCCGUUGGAAUCGUAUGCCGUCUGUCCAUACGUCACAAAGUUAGCCAAAUGCUAUAAUUAAGUUCUUGUACAAAUAAAAAAAAAAUCAUUGUUUUUAUUGUAAUCAACGGCAAUAUUAUCUCUUCCGAAUUGUUUUAGUGCUUGCGCGAAAUGUAGAUAGAUGACAUGAAGCCGAGAGUAUAUUAAAUUUUUUUUUUUUAUAAUUCGGUUGUAAGGGAUGCAAAGGUCGCCAAUAUCUCUCUAUUGUAAGUAGACAUGUGAUAUUGUAUUGAUUUUUAUUUUAAGUUAAGUGUAAACUUAUUACUAUGAUUAAAUACAUAUUUUUGUAAGUAAUUUCGUUUUAUGAUAGUUUCGCUUCGUCUAGCGUUCCCGUUUAAGAUUUUAGAUGAAAGUGGACGAAUAAUUUUUUUGUUACUUAAAAUCGAAUAAAAAUAAUUACAACUAUGCCAAGA